AUAUUUCAAUGGAAAAAUGUUUGUAUGUACAUAAGGCUGUUCGCAGAAUAAAAACAAUAUACAUCAAUCUGAAUGACGUGUGGUAGGUUGUGCACCGUUGGACUAUAUUUGGCAACAUGGCGAAGAUUGAACCAAGCGCUGUUUGUAUGUUGAUUUUAACCUAUAGCUGUUACGGCAUUUAUGCAACAAUACUUAUACCGACGCCCGGAAGCUGGACGUGGAAUGAAAGUCAUGUCAAGUGUCGAGAAAAUAAUUCAAGACUGGCUUACAUGGACGAGAUAAACGCUCCAAUCAAAAUAUCUGAUGCCGAUAUCAUGGAGAAUGACGUGAUACUUUGGAUUAAUAACAAAACAGAUAUAGUUAAUCCAUGUGGUUGUGUGGAGGCAGAUGCAGUAGAAAAUAAUGGCUCGGUAAAACAUGUAGGUUCGGUUGAUGAAUGCGCCAUUCACUGCAGAGACUUCCCUCAGUUUGCUGUAAAGGGUUCCAAUUGUUCAUGCGAGGUGAGCAUUACUUGUCACCACAACCAGUCGACCUGUUUGGAUUCCGAUAACUACCAGAUAUAUCAGCGUGAAGAAACAUGUCUGCUGAUGUUUGGGAAUUCAACACGAUUUGACUUUAGAGCGAAGUUUGUCAGCUGUGAGAUGAAGGCAGGAAGCAUGUGCAGAACAGAUAUUAUCAAGGCAAUGUAUGGGACUAAGUUCACUUGGUACGAGGCACGGUCGCUCUGUCAAAAUGCAAGCAGCAAUCUCGUCGAUCUCAGUUUAGUAAGCGAUUUAGAAAGAACUAGGAGUAUUAAACUGGUGAAAAGCCGAUAUUACUGGACGAAUGGAGUGAUCAAGCACAACAAGGCCGGAGUUUUUCAGAUCACAGAUUGUGUGCAGGCUUCGGGAAUAUUAGAUAAUGUCAGGAUACAUCGCCAACAGGAGUGGAAUUCUGUCUACUCUUGUCAGCAGAGGUGCAAAAGUGAGAAAAUAGCCCUAAUGGAUGAUCAAUGUGGCUGUCUGAUGGAAAGUGAUGAAUUAACAAGUUGGAGAACAUCUGGAUGUACGACUCCUUGUUUAGGUAACACACGUGACCGCUGUGGAGGGAAUGAUCGCUUCUCAGUUUACCGCCGAAUCGAAAUUUCAGGGGUUCGGGAAAAAGCUUCGGACUUCUGUCUAGCGGUUACAAAGAAUAGCGAUAACAAUAUCACCACUAACUGGCAGCGCUGCGGGGAUCGUCUAGACGGCUGUAUAUGCAGAAACGGGACUGUUGAUAUCAAUUUCGUAAUCAAAACAAUCAACCUCACAUGGGAAGAGGCCCAGGAAGAAUGCGAAUCAGAUGAUAUGAUUUUGGCGGUCUUCAAGAGGAGAUUCAUAUCAGAAUGGAGUGAAAUUCAGGAAGGUGCCAAUUUUUGGACAGGCACAUACAGUCCGACUAUGUUAGAAUUCAGUUCAGAGGCUGAAGUCCACAGUGAUGAUAAAUGCCUUGCUGUUACGAACUUCACCAAAGAUGAAUACAACGUGGCUGUGUUAGAUUGUAACCAGAAUCAUGGAGUGAUUUGUCUCAACGAUAAUGGGACACUUAUUGACAUCACUACAUUACCGUAUGAAGGUAGUGAACACAUGACGUCACACAAGAAUAGCCCGGAUGUCACUAGUGUACGCACGACCCCUUCCUCCACCAUUACAGUAACGACAGAGCUGCCAUACACCGGAUUGUCACCCAUGAUAAUAGGUCUGAUCUGUACCGUGGUAUUUGUGGCUGUCGUCCUGACAAUUAUCCUGGGCGUACUAGCGGUUCUCCUCUACAGGUUCAGGGAACAGAAAAGGCAACUAAACAUGCUGAAAGGUCCCACGAUAAGCUACUCGAAUCUGGAGCAUAGCAUUGUGGUCAGCUACAACGAGGCGCAAGAAAAUGAGGAUCCAGGAGGCGACCUCGGAAAUUUGGAUAAUGUCACGGAGCGAUUGGACGCGUUAUUUGUCCGUAAAGAUGAAAUGUCUCCGGAUGAGAAAUCUGAACACCUCUAUGACGUUUCAGACAACGUAAACAUUGAACUUCCAGGAAAACAGCAAAACGGAACGGUUUUGAAUGCACGAGGGGAAACACCGGAACCGGAAGAAGGUGAAUAUAUGGAAGUUGACAUAUGUGAAGAAAGUGGAACUCCUAUUGUCGUAACGAAUGGCGAGAGUGAAAUCCCAAAAGACGUUGAAAAUAUGGAAAGUAGUUUCAAAAACAAUGAACAGAGGAAAGACUCUUUGGUGAAAGUAUCGGAGAUACGUCACGAAAACGACAAAAGUGAUGAUAAAGAACACGAUAUCGAUGACGAAUAUGAUCACACAGAUUCGUACGUCAGGCGAUGUAAACGAGAGUCGGAUACGGACACUUACGAUGAAUUUAACACGAAAUCGUGUGAGCUGCGUGGGUCUCGAAGUGAAUGUUUGUAUGACCGAGUGGGUAGUGAUAGUUACGAUGAACUUAAGACGGGAGUGGCAGCCAAACAAAAAAUUCAUUAUGAGGAUAUCGAACUUAACUUUGAUCUCCCUUGAUUACUGAUAAUGAACUGGUUACUGAACUCCAGAAAGCUCGUUUUCUGAACAUUCGUAUAUGGUACGGAUCUUAACCAUAACACUUAUCAAACCACGCCCCGGUUUUAUCAGCGUUCCUCAACUUAAGAAAAUUUCUUAGCUUAAAAUUGUCCAUAGGAAAGCAUUACAAAAUUUAAGGGAAAAGUUCCUCAAUUCUUUAGUGUUUUCCUAUGGACAAUUUUAAGUUAAGAAUUUCCCUUAAGUAAAGGAAU